GGCCCCCUCUCCAGAUCCCCUACAAAUUCCCCCACACACGUCAAGCCAGGGGCCGUGGCAGGGUCAUCUGGUUACACAGAGCAGGGGCCGGCCGCUCACCCCGGAGGGACAGAGCCCCUCUCCUUACCUCCCGGGCUCAUCAGGCUGGCUGCACAAGCCCGCUGACACCUGACGCACACCCCGAGGUGGGAGAAGCCAGCUGCCAGGGACACGUACCAUGGCCGCCAACGCCAAGAGCAGCAAGUCUGCACCCAACCAUGUGAUCUUCAAGAAGAUCUCCCGGGACAAGUCGGUGAGCAUCUAUCUGGGGAAGAGAGACUAUAUAGACCAUAUUGAACAAGUAGAGCCUGUUGAUGGUGUCGUGUUGGUAGAUCCCGAGCUUGUGAAGGAAAAGAAAGUGUAUGUAUCUCUGACUUGCGCCUUCCGCUACGGCCAGGAGGACAUCGAUGUGAUCGGCCUGAGCUUCCGCAGGGACCUGUACUUCUCUCAGGCCCAGGUGUUCCCGCCCGUGGAGGCCACCAGUGCCCCCACGAAACUGCAGGAGAGCCUGAUGAAGAAGCUGGGGGACAACACGUACCCCUUCCGGCUCACGUUUCCUGAUUACUUACCCUGUUCGGUGAUGCUGCAGCCAGCUCCGCAAGACGCAGGGAAGUGCUGCGGGGUCGACUUUGAGGUCAAAGCAUUUGCCAGAGACAGCGCAGAGGACAAAGCGGACAAAGUGCCCAGGAAGAGCUCCGUGCGUUUACUGAUCCGGAAAGUACAACACGCGCCAGCGAAGAUGGGUCCCCAGCCCCGAGCUGACACCGCCUGGCAGUUCUUCAUGUCUGACAAGCCCUUGCACCUGGCUGUCUCCCUCAGCAAAGAGAUCUAUUUCCAUGGGGAGCCCAUUUUGGUGACCAUUACCGUGACCAAUAACACAGAGAAGACAGUGAAGAAGAUUAAAGCAUUAGUAGAACAAGUGGCCAACGUGGUUCUCUACUCGAGUGACUAUUACAUCAAGCCGGUGGCCCAGGAGGAAACACAAGAAAAAGUGCCACCAAACAGCACUCUGACCACGACGCUCACGCUGGUGCCCUUGUUGGCCAACAACCGUGAAAGACGGGGCAUCGCCCUGGAUGGGAAGAUCAAGCACGAGGACACGAACCUUGCCUCCAGCACCAUAAUAAAGGAGGGCAUAGACCGGACUGUCUUGGGCAUCCUGGUGUCUUACCAAAUCAAAGUGAAGCUCACGGUGUCAGGCUUUCUGGGAGAGCUCACCUCCAGUGAAGUGGCCACUGAGGUGCCUUUCCGCCUCAUGCACCCCCAGCCCGAGGACCCAGCAAAGGAAAGUUUUCAGAAUGAAAAUUUGGUUUUCGAGGAGUUUGCUCGCCAAAAUCUGAAAGACUCAGGAGACCCCGAGGAAGGGAAGAAAGACCAGGAGGCCGGGGAUGAGUGAGAAGACCGCUGGGAAACGGGGUAGUUCACAGCGCGAUGAGCCACGCUCCAGAGUUAGCCCUUUAGUUAUGCUAAAUGCUGAAGUGUGAGUCUUCUUCACAGAAAUAAAGUUUGUUC